AUGGCAGGACCUCUUCCCUACAAACAUCAAAAUGGUGGACAUGGAAGCGAACACAAUGGCGAGGCUACCAGUUAUGCUAUUGUAACCAAACACGAUGAUAAGUCUGAAGAAAAAGGACAUAGUUAUCAUGCCGAAAAUCAUUAUGGUAGCAACGAUCAUGACGGUUAUGGAGAUGAGCAUAUUGAUUAUCACAGUCAUCCUAAAUAUGAAUUUGCAUAUGGUGUUGAAGAUACGAAAACUGGCGAUAUCAAAGAACAAUGGGAAUCCCGAGAUGGUUAUAAUGUGAAGGGUAGUUAUUCUCUGAAAGAAUCCGAUGGAACAACUCGUAUUGUCAACUAUACAUCCGAUAAGAAGAAAGGUUUCGAGGCUACCGUGCAUAAACUGGGCGAGGCUAAUGGGGAUCACAAGGAUGCCGAAUAUCAUGAUUAUCAUGGCUAUUAA